CACACUCGCCAUGCCCCCCGCCGCCUCAGAAACCGCUUCUCUUAAGCGUAUGAGGGAAGGCUCCCUCGAGCCCGUUCACGUCGAAGAGGCAUCUUCUGCCUUGUCUGCAAAGAAGAAUCGCGUGGCAUCCUCAACUUCCGGCUCGGCUGAGAACUCGGCAGAGCAAAUCCAGGAGGAAGACAAUGAAGACAAGGACUCGGACAGGUCGGGCGAUGAGAAGAAUGUCGGAGAGGUCAGGAAGAAAGUAGAGAAGCUGAGUCACGAAGAAAAGAUCAAGGCUUCCGAAUCCCCUAGCCCCGAACACCAGGACUCGGCAGUGCCGAUCGAGGAGGAGGAGAAGGCAGCGGGAGGUGAGGUUGAUGGGUCCAAGGGUGAGGGGUUGAAGCGAAAGGCCCUGGAUCGGAAUGAAACAUCAUUCCCACAGGUUCAAGAUGAUGUUUCCUCCAAGCGACAAAAGGAUACGCCUUCUCCCACGGAAGACAAACCGGCGCCGCCCAAGAAACAGCCCACCUUUGCUUCCUUUGCCUCUUCCUCUUCCCCGUUCGCCUCCACUACCAAGACUGCCUCACCUGCACCAGAGCUCGAGGGCGCCACACCUUCUGCCGUUGAGGACAGCGUCGCCGUUGCCCAGAAAAAGCCGGCUACUUUCGGCGAUUUCGCCAACAAAUCGCCAUUUGGCUCAGCCAAACCUACGCCGUCUGCUACUCCCAAAUCCGAGACUUCUCAAUCAACAUCUGAUCCUGCCGUUGAACCUCCCAAGAAGCCUCAAAGCACUUUCUCCUCGUUCUCCGCAUCCUCCUCCCCCUUCGGCGCCAAACCGAAGCAGCCGUCUGCCUUCUCGGCUCCGCUUUCCAAAACCAGCGCCUUUGGCAACUAUUCCACUACUGCCUCUGCUUUCGGAGGCGGCAACAAGGCAGACCACGAAAAGGUCUCGGAAGAAGGAAAGAAGAACUUUGGUGAGAUUCUUAAAGACACCACGGAGGAUCUGGGUUUGGCCAAGGAAAAGGUCAACAUGCAAGAGCAAGAUGUCACGACCGGAGAGGAAGAUGAAGAUACCGUCUUCCAAGUCCGGGCCAAGUUGUUUGUCAACGAAAAAGGGUGGAAGGAGCGCGGGAUCGGACUUUUGAGAGUGAAUGUGAGGAGAAAUGACGGCAGCGGCGCGCGACUAGGUACUUUUUCCCGCCAAAGUCACCAGAGAUUAUGCUGACUGUACAGUGAUGCGGGCGGACGGUGUCUUGAGGUUGCUGUUGAAUUCCAAGCUUUACAAAGGCCUGAAUCCUACGGUCGAGGGCAAGACGGUGCUCAUGACUUUGCCAAACGUUGGCGAGAACAAGAUGGCCAUCAUCUGUCUUCGUCUGUCCAACGCCAAGUCGGCGGAAGACCUCGCCGACCACAUCCACGAGCAUAUUCCUCUCGACAACCCCUCUCCAUCCAAAUCACCACAACCCGAAGUCUAAAUACUUUGUCCAGACGGCGUAGAUCUAUUUGAUGACCAUAAUAUGCACGGGUAGAGAGGCUCGGAGCUAUACGACUUUUGAUCUGUGUCUUUGCAUACUUUCUGAUGUAUUAGCGUACUAUUAACGUCUGGUUCAAUGGUGGCGCGUCUUGCAAGCUCAUCUGCAGGAGAUAUACAAAGCUGAUACUAUUACACUUCAAAGCACUAU